GCUUGCAGCCAAAAUGCCAGCCAUGCGUCUGCACUUUUUAUUUGCGUUUAGUUUUGGUUCUCGGUUUGUUAUCAUUGUGAUAAAAUUUUAAAGCGGUAAUUUACGGAUAUUGAUGUCAUUCCUCAAUGUUUCGUUUGGCUAGCGGGUAGUUUUUCCUGCACAAAACGUCUGGACGUUUUUCUUCUAUUAGAACUUUUCUGUUAUGGAUGUCUGAUCCCUGUGUUUAAGUUCGAGUGCAGCGAUUCGUUAACAACUUAACGGUCAUGUCGUCAGAGGAGGACGAGUACGUUCCUGGUGGUUCAGGUUCUCCAAAGAAGACUAAGGCUACCAAAAAGAAGAAGGCUGCAGCAUCAUCCGAAGAUGAAGGAGAUACUGACAAUCAACCAACAAAGAAGGCCCGCACCCCCAAAGAGAAGAAAGCCAUUGAGAAGAUCUACCAGAAGAAAUCGCAGCUGGAGCACAUUCUCAUUCGUCCCGAUACGUACAUUGGCUCGACAGAACUCGUGUCGCAAGAGAUGUGGGUCUACGAUACCGAGGAGAAGAAGAUGGUUUUUCGCGAAAUAAAAUUCGUUCCCGGACUGUACAAAAUCUUCGACGAGAUAUUGGUAAAUGCGGCGGAUAACAAGCAGCGCGACCCAAAAAUGUCCAUGAUCAAGAUUGCCAUUGACGCGGAGAAGAACCAGAUCUCUGUCUGGAAUAACGGGCACGGUAUUCCGGUCGUGGAACAUAAAGAAGAAAAAAUGUUGGUUCCCACAAUGAUCUUCGGUCAUUUGCUGACUUCGUCCAAUUAUGAUGACGACGAGAAGAAAGUGACCGGCGGACGAAAUGGAUACGGAGCCAAGCUGUGCAAUAUCUUCAGUAAUAAAUUCGUUGUGGAAACCGCUUCGAAGGAGUACAAGAAGAAAUUCAAACAGGAAUGGUCGAAAAAUAUGGGAAAGGCUGGAGAGCCAAAAGUGGACUCGUUCAGUGGCGAAGAUUACACCAAAGUCACUUUCGAGCCUGAUCUCAGCAAAUUCAAGAUGGCAGUACUGGAUAAAGACACUGUGGAUCUUUUAUCGCGGCGGGCGUACGAUGUUGCUGGAACCAGUGGAGGCGUUAAAGUGUACCUCAAUGGAGAGAAGCUACCGAUCUCUAAUUUCAAACAGUAUGUUGAACUGUAUACGGCCAAUAACACCGACGAAAUGGGAAAUCCCUUGAAAGUUGUAACUGAGAAGGCUAACGAAAGGUGGGAGGUUGCGGUCACUUCGAGCGACACUGGAUUUAAUCAAGUCAGCUUCGUCAACAGCAUCGCUACCACAAAGGGAGGACGCCAUGUGGAAUACAUCACUGACCAAAUCACCAAGGCAAUGAACGAGGUUAUCAAGAAAAAGAAUAAGAGCGGUGCUGAGAUUAAACCAUUUCAGAUUAAAAAUCACCUGUGGGUGUUCGUUAAUUGCCUCAUUGAAAAUCCGACAUUCGAUUCUCAGACAAAGGAAAAUAUGACCUUGCAAGUCCGCAGUUUUGGAUCUAAAUGUCAGCUGUCCGAUAAAUUUAUUGGAAACGCAUUGAAGUCUGGAAUAAUUGAAAACAUUCUUGCGUUUGCGAAGGCGAAGGCAGAGAGCCAAAUGGGAAAGAAGAUUCAUGGUGCCAAAACCGCUAAACUUCGUGGUAUUCCUAAACUGGAGGACGCUAACGAUGCUGGAACGAAAUAUUCUUCGGAUUGUACUCUGAUUUUAACGGAGGGAGACUCAGCUAAGGCGUUGGCGGUUUCAGGAUUCAGUGUAGUUGGGCGCGACAAGUAUGGUGUGUUCCCGCUACGUGGGAAAUUAUUGAACGUCCGCGAAGCUACUCCAAAACAGUUGAUGGACAAUGCCGAAAUCAACAGUAUUGUCAAGAUUUUGGGCCUCCAGUAUAAACGAAAAUACGAUUCAGAGCAGGAUUUGAAGUCACUUCGUUACGGAAAACUGAUGAUCAUGACAGAUCAGGACCAAGACGGCUCUCACAUCAAGGGGCUGCUUAUCAAUUUCAUCCACUUUAACUGGCCUAGUCUCUUAAGACAUGUUUUUCUUGAAGAAUUUAUCACUCCAAUUGUGAAGGCGACCAAGGGGAACGUAGAGGAAUGCUUUUACAGCCUACCAGAACUGGAAGAAUGGAAAGCGAAUCGCACGGAGAGCGAGUUGAAAAGAUACAAGAUCAAAUAUUAUAAAGGAUUGGGUACUAGUACCUCAAAGGAAGCCAAAGAGUACUUUUCCAACAUGACGCGGCAUCGGAUUGGGUUUCGAUACGGUGGAAAGGACGACGACGACGCUAUUGAUUUGGCGUUUGCGAAAAAUAAAGCAGAUGCCAGGAAAGAUUGGCUGACGAAAGGAAUGGAAGAACGUAAGCAACGCAGACUGGAGGGUCGUGGCGAGGUUUACCUCUACACGAAAACCACAAAGUCUGUGACGUUUAAAAAGUUCGUGGACGAGGAGCUGAUUCUGUUUAGUAACAUGGAUAAUGAGCGAUCGAUCCCUUCGCUUGUUGAUGGUUUGAAGCCUGGCCAACGGAAAGUGCUUUUUACGUGUUUCACGCGGAAGAAAAAAGGUGAAGCGAAGGUGGCCCAGUUAGUCGGUUCCGUCGCUGAAAAGUCCGCUUACCAUCAUGGCGAACAAUCACUUAUGUCAACGAUUGUUGGAUUGGCUCAGAAUUUUGUUGGAUCGAACAACAUCAACCUUCUUCUUCCACUAGGACAAUUCGGUACUCGUCUGCUUGGUGGAAAAGAUGCUGCCAGUGCUCGAUACAUCUUUACCAAUUUGAGUCCAAUGGCCAGAGCCGUAUUCCAUCCGCACGAUGAUCCACUGUUAAAUUAUUUGAACGAAGAUAACCAGAAAAUCGAGCCAGAGUGGUAUAUUCCCGUUGUGCCUAUGGUAUUAAUUAAUGGUGCCGAGGGAAUUGGAACCGGGUGGAUGACGAAAAUUCCGAAUUAUAAUCCACUGGAUAUUGUCGCAAAUUUAAGAGCUUUGAUCCGUGGAGAUGAAAUUAAACCCAUGAAACCAUGGUAUAAGGGAUAUCGCGGUGAAAUUUUGCCAGUAGAUCCAACUCGUUACUUAACUAACGGGGAAGUGGCAGUUCUUGAUCAGGAGAAUUCGAUUGAAAUAACGGAACUGCCUAUUCGGACUUGGACUCAGAACUACAAAGAAGCGGUUGUCGAGCCUUUGCUUUUAGGCUCUGAAUCCAAAGAUGGUAAAGGAAAGCCUCCCCAGAUUCAGGAUUACAAGGAGUACCAUACGGAUACUACCGUCCGUUUCGUGAUUCGAAUGUCAGGGCAGAAGUUUGAGGAAUUCCAAAGGGAAGGAUUUCAUAAGACAUUUAAACUCCAGCAGACCAUCUCUAUGAGCAGUAUGGUUCUGUUCGAUUCCAAUGGAGUGAUUCGCAAAUACGAUAAUGUCAGUGACAUCUUGCGUGAGUUUUUUGAAGUUCGAAUGACAUUCUAUGGAAAAAGAAAAGAUUUUCUUGUGGCGCGUCUGUCGGCUGAGGCCUUGAACCUUGAGAAUCAAGCUCGAUUUAUUGACGAAAAAAUUAAGGGGAAAAUCACAAUAGAAAACGUCAAAAAGAAAGACUUGAUCAAUAAAUUAAAGAAAGCUCAGCCACCUUAUGAUUCGGAUCCGGUCAAGACUUGGAAAAAAAAAUUUGGAGUGCCGGAAGAUGAAACUCCUACCGCGGAUGACGAUGACGGCAAGAAAAAAACGGAUGAACCAGAGGAAGCCGGAUCGGAUUUCGACUACAUUCUUAAGAUGCCUCUUUGGAGUUUAACGAAUGAACGAUUUAUGGAUCUCAUGGAGAAACGGGAUAAUAAGAAUGAAGAGUUAUCAGCUCUUCGGAAGAAGACACCCUCGGAUUUGUACACGGACGAUUUGGACGAGUUCGAAUCCCGUCUGAAAAAAGUGGAAGCUGAAGAAGCCGAUGCAGAAGCUUUUGUGUCACCCACCAAAAAACCUGCUGGCAGGGCUAAAGGCCAGAAAGGACGAGGAGCUGUUGCGAGCAAAGCCGAUACGCUCCCUUCUGUGUACGGAACACGGGUUGAGCCAGUUGUUGAUACUGCCACUAUUGCGAAGUUUGAGAAAGCCAAAGAAUUAAAAGAUCGAAAAGCGGCUGGCAUAACGGUACCCCGAGCUCGGGCCAAGAAACCCGCUGAGAAUGGCGAAAACCCCACCUCAUCUGAAGCACCGAGUUCUGAUAAGCCGACAGGAGAGGAAAAUGGUGGCGUCAAACAGCCCAGUAAAGCGGUAGUUAAUGGAAAAGAUAAGAAAAAACCGGAAAAGAAAGCAAAGAAGAUAGGUUCUGAUGACGAGUCUUCGUUUGAUUCCGCUGACUUGACUGACGAUGAUGAUGAAAUCAUGCUAAACGACAGCGAAGAUGAAUAUGUCGAGAAGGUGCCAAAGAAAAAGCGUGUUUUCACAUCGGAUGAUGCGGGAGAAACGUCAACGGAAAGCCCACUAAAAAUAGCAAAAGUGGACGAAGAUAGAUUAUCGAUUGAAAUUGACGAACCAGAAAUUUCUUCGAAAAGUGUUUCUAAUCCUUUGAAAGUUGCUGAUAAGAUGGAGCCUGCGGAAAAUGGUGCGAAGAAGGAUGUUGUACCUAAGGACCCUAAAACUUUCUCUCUUGAGAAAACAAAGGAGCCCGGCAAGCUGGCAGCGGAAAAGAAGCCUUCGGCGCUUACCAAGAUCGUGCAUUUGUUGUCAUCAGAUGACGAAGACGAUUAUCCCUCAGGAAAGAAAGCACCAGCCAAGAAGUUAGUGAAGAAGAAGGAACCUGCAAAGAUUCUCUUAAAAAAGGCGGUUCCCGAUAAGGUUGUCAAAGCAGGCCCCUCUGAAAAGCCAGGGACUUCAACCAGCCACGCUAAACGGGAAAGUAGCGAAGAGAUAAUUCCUGUUGCUGCAACAAGGGCCCCUGUUGACAAGAUGCGCGUGUUUGAUUUGGAUGACGAAGAUGAGAUUGUUCCCGCUCGCAAUCGCACCAAUCGAGCAGGUGCAUCUAAUAAAAAAUACGCUUUUAGUGAUGACAGCGACGAGGAUUACUUUGGAGGUGUCAAUUAGCGGCGCGUACUUAUCUCUGGUCGUUUUAAUGUUGAUCUGUUUAUUUUUAUGGUUUGAAUUCGCAUCGCGCCCCAGGAUUGGUUGAUCUCUCUUGAUCAUGUGUUAUGCCGCGGUUGUUUACGUUUGAAGGCGCAUUUUAUGUUCCACGGAAUCCAGAAAACGUUGUUUUCUAUUUAAGUCAAUGUUUUUUAUGUGACGUUUUCAGUUCAGUUGUCUGGAAUUUUCAUUUUUCAGCUGAACAGUACAUUGUGCUGCCCAUCGAUCAGCUGGUAUUUAUUGUUUAUCGUCCAAAUUUGAGUCAAAAAGCACUGUCGA